AUGUGGUGUUCCAAGGUGUCCUCAUCUCUAUCAAGGCGCUCAAUGAUGGCUACGAGUAGUCGUGUACUCGGCCAAGCCAGCACCACACUUCUCAAUUCCAGCCCUGCUGCCUUGGCCCAAACUACAACAGGCAACAGCAGCAACACUACCAUAACCAAACGAAACGUUACUGUUCCCACAGUCUUGGAGCAGGGAACCACAGGGGAGCGUGCCUUUGAUAUUUAUUCUCGUCUCUUGCGUGAGAGAAUCAUUUGUGUCCACGGGGAAGUUACGGAUACCAUGGCCAGCCUCGUGACGGCGCAGUUGUUGUUUUUAGAAGCAGAGGCUCCCAAAAAGCCGCUCUACAUGUAUAUUAACAGUCCUGGGGGCAGUGUGACUGCCGGUUUGGCCAUUUACGAUACCAUGCAAUACAUUAACCCUGAAGUCCAUACAAUUGCCAUGGGACAGGCAGCUUCUAUGGGAUCCCUUUUGUUGUGCGGGGGACAUGUUCGAAUGGCUCUACCGAAUGCUCGGAUCAUGUUGCAUCAACCGUCCGGUGGGGCCCAAGGAAUGGCCAGUGACAUUCAAAUUCAAGCUCAAAACAUUUUGGAUGUGAGAAAAAGAUUGAACGAUCUGUAUGUCUUCCACACGGGGCAGCCAUUGGAAAGGAUUGAACAAGUUAUGGAUCGUGAUACCUUUAUGGAUGUUCACCAAGCUAAGGAAUUCGGCGUGAUCGAUACUGUUCUUGAAAAGCGAUUGAUUCCGGAAACACCAGAAGAAGGAGAAGGUGGACCACAAGAAUAA